AUGGCCGAGGCAGAAUUCCACCAUAGAGACGUCCUCAGGCCCCACCUCGAUCGCUUGCUGUCCUCUCGAGAUUACCCAAAGACCAUUUGUCCAUCGGAAGUCCCAAGAGCCUUGACGGCCGCAGAGCUCAGAGCCUGCGGUGCUUCCGACUGGCGAAGUCUCAUGCCCGCCGUUCGCGACAUACUCUGGAAUAUGCGAGAGAAGGGAGAAGUAGAAAUACUCCAGAAAGGAUCGUUGGUGCCUCAGGGUAUUGACUUAGGCGACGUCAAGGGUCCAAUACGUGCGAGAAAGGUCUCUUCAGCCCGAAGCUGA